AUGGCUGCGAGUACAUCUGGCCCCAAGAUCUUUGACGAUGCGAACCGAUCCCCUACCAAACAGUCCAUGUUCCGGGCCAUGAUGUCGUCUAAAACCCAUAAACGGAAUCAAUCAGCCGACGAUGCCGCCGCCGCGCGACCUAUGCCGAGAUGCAAGCCAAUCGAGAGCAUCCCUUUCCAGUUUACCGAGGAGCCUGGUUUCAUUGCUGGCUACCACCCACUCAGUGAGAUUGUCCCCAAUCGUGAUGCGGGCGACCACGGAGUGGCCGCGCCAAAGAUGGGCGGCAAGGAAAGCAAAGGUGCCCUUCAUAAGAAGACCAAGAGCGCUGUCUCGUUGAAGUCUCUCAGAAAUUAUAUGGAGCGGAGGGAUGGUAAAUCGGAGGAGCCACUUGAGCAGAAUGACCUGUCGCCCAAAAAGGCCAAAUCAUCUAAUAGUCUCUCGGCCAUCCUCAAGAGGUCCCAGCGGGGAAGGAAGGAUGGCUCGAAACAGAGUCGCGACAAGGAAAACCGCAGCCCGACCGACCUGAUUGAUAACAUGCCAUCCCCAGUCUGGUCACAGGACUCGGCCUCGGUUCGCAAAGAGGCUAUUGGCCGAUCGAGGCCGAACUCUACUGCCGACCUGAGGCGAACCGUAGAGGACGAGGUCUCUCUCUAUAUGCCCAAGGGUUACGGGCCAAGCCAGCAACGCAACUUCUGCGACUACUCCCAACCCUCCCUCGCCAAACCGACUGACCAUAAGCCUCGUCCGAAGUCAGAGAUUCUUACAGGAAACCGAAAGGUGAAGGAUAUUCUUGGGUUGCAGCGCGCACCUUCGGGAGAAAGCGACCCCAUUGGGCAAGGCGGUAGUGCCUCUUUUAAGAGCAGGGGGCCACCGAGUCCACGAAAGAUAUCCCCGUCUACCAUGCCAAAAGAAGAGCCCAAGCGUAUUUCCCGUGUACAGGCUGCUAUCUCUGCAUUCAAUGCAAAGGGGCGAGAUGCUGAAGUGCAUCAGCAUCUGAACUCCAAGGACCUCGAAAGCGAGUUCGAGAAGCUGCUGGAUGCAAGGAACAUCCCUCAUAACAUGAGAGAUAAAAUGCGCUCACUUGAUACUAAUAUCAAGGCUGAUUUUAUCCAGAAAGAUCGGACAGAGAAUAUCACUCCUCCCAGCGCGGGCAACGAUAGCCGUCGAGGACGCGGCAAAGAAUCCAAGGAAGACUCCCAAUCUCAGGAUCGUAAAGGCUCUCGAUCACGAUCUAGGAGCCGCGGCUUCUCCUUUAAAGGCCCCUCGUCGCCUGGCAAAAAGUUGCGAAGGGAUAGUGGAGCAUCAAGCCGGAUGCGGCCAAGGUCUGUGGAUCUUUCUCAGCCUGUUGGUGUCUACACCACCCUGUCCGCCAAUGCCUCAACAGCAUCACUUGCUGAUGCGGCCGCUGUCGAUACCGCAGCGGAUCCUUCCGACUUUGUGCAUUACCUGAGAGAGAUCCAAAAGCCCGAGAUGGUUGAGGUGGGAAAGAUGCACAAACUGCGUCUUCUCCUACGUAACGAAACCGUCCAAUGGGUCAAUGACUUUAUCACUGAAGGGGGAAUGGAUGAGAUUGUGCAGCUUCUCUACCGCAUUAUGAAGAUGACCUGGCGUGAGGAUCACGAAGACACCCUUCUGCACCAGGCAUUGCUCUGUCUGAAGGCUCUUUGCACUACAUCUGCGGCCCUAGCACACCUCACUGCCAUCGAGGAUGAACUUUUCCCCGCUCUGCUGCAUAUGCUCUUUGACGAGGAAAAGAAGGGUCCCAGUGAGUUCACCACUCGGGGUAUCAUUGCAAACCUGCUGUUUACGCAGCUCUCCACUGCUCCUGUUGGUGAACUGGGAGCCAAGCGCGCUAGGCAGAUUCUUUCUUAUCUGAGGGACCCAGCGCCACCAGUGGACAACCAGCCACUGACUUUCAUUGCGAAUAUUUACCAGUCGCGACCAUAUAGAGUGUGGUGUAAGGAGAUUACCAACGUGACCAAGGAGGUCUUCUGGAUUUUCCUUCAUCACCUAAAUGUGAUUCCCCUCCCCAAGUCGGAAGACCUUUUCGGCGAAAAGAUACCAGUAGACACUCGUCCUUAUAACGAGCGUCACUUCCCAGUCCCUCGUCCUCCUGUUCCAGCUGCCCCAUACGUUGGAGGUGUUGAAUGGGAUGCGACCAACUAUCUUGCAGCACAUCUCGAUCUUGUAAACGGCCUCGUUGCCAUGCUGCCUACCACUGACGAGCGAAACCAACUUCGUGAUGAGCUUCGUGCCUCUGGUUUUGAGAAAGUCAUGGGUGGUAGUCUGCGUACUUGCAAGGAGAAGUUCUAUUCUUCUGUGCAUGAUUGCCUGCGAACCUGGGUCGCAGCUGCAGCCGAUGAUGGCUGGCCAUAUACCUUUGUACGCGAAGGCCCGCCCCGAGGUGGCGAACCUGGCUCACCCACCAAAUCACCCAAGAAGGUUGCGCCUGGUAGUCCUAGAAAAGGCCUGGUCGAUGAGCGGCCGCCCAGGCUGGAGCUUGCUCUAGACUUCGCGGACAACCGCCCAGCUGCUGGCCCGCUUACCCCGUCGAGUGACCUGCGCAGCUGGCUUUAA